UUCACUGUUGCCACCUCUUCCUCAGGACCUCUGAUGUUGAUUUAUCAAAACGGAACAUAUAGUAACAAAACACAAUCAACAUAUGAAAAAUGUAAAUUUGAUUUGAGGGAGGGGCGGACUGACAACUCAUGGGGCCCCCAGGCAAUAGGGGAUCAUGGGGCCCCUGUGUCCUUGCCCAAACUCAAAAAAAAACCUAUGAAAAAGGUACCAGGGGAAUCUCAUAGGGCCCCUACUGACCCCAGGCCCUCGGGCAGUGCCCGAGUUUCCAAAAUGGAG